AUGAGCGGCGUAGCACGCUCGAAUCCCAGCGCAAGUCGACGUGCCGCGCGCAAACACGCCGCGUUGCCCUAUAGCCGUCCGGCACCCAAGAAAUCGUCUUGGGGUUGGACCGAUGUCUUCAGUUUCCUCAAUCCAUUACGCGCGUUGUCUCCCUCGAGGGAUGGAGAAGAGGAGGAAGAGGAAGAAGAGGCAAAUGAACCAGUACAAUCGACAGCGGCCCGCGCACUAAGUAUACGGGGACGUGAGAUGCUUGACCAAAGAACUUAUGCCUCCUCGUCUUCCGGUGAUGAGCAACGACCGGCCAGCAACGCACCCUCAGCACCUACCGCUGCACAACCUCAACUUCCCUCAGGCAGCCAAGCAACGACAGACACAACGAACCCGUCAUCUCUGCUCGACCAUCUAAUCUCGCAAGGGUCAAACAACAAGGCUGUGGAAGAGUUCUUGAGGAGCAAGGGCGAUCAGCCUCUGACGCGAAUCGAGUACGCUGGUGUGUUGGCAUUACUCGCGGGGCGAGUCGAAGCGGAGCCCGAAGACAAGUUAGAACCUUUCAGGUUCUCUACGUCGCCUCUAAGUCCGGAGCCUGCACAGGCUACAUUCACACCUGGCAGCGCGAGCAAUGGCAAUCGGAAGAUGUUGACCAAGAAUCCCAAUGGCCCAUAUCUUAUGCGAGGUGGCGGCAGUGCCCGUCCUCGGAAUCGGUAUCAGUCGCCAGGAUUCGGGCCACCCCAGCGUACGACGCCACCUAUUCGUAUUACGCCAGAGAAGCCCCCUGCAGACGGUAAACGUCGACGAAUUGGCGCGGACCCCGACCUUUUUGCGCCGCGACCCGUUUCAAGCGUCACUGCGAGCAGUUCGUAUGCGAGGAAUGGCGCUACAUCGCCUGUCGCAGGACCCUCAAGUACCGGCACCAGAGGUGAUUCGACCGCCAAUGGAUUGCCGAAGGUCAACCGCGCAUCUCCGACUACGCCUGUUCGCAGACCUGCGAAGGCGACCGCACCUGUCAACCCCUCACCAUUGCGUCAAGCAUGGGGCCAGCCGGACUCUCCGCCGUCACAAUCAUCGCCACCUUCCACUAGCAAGCAGACAUCGUCUGCUGCGUAUCUUUCCCAGUUGAUCAAGGAUAUUUCUCCGAAAACCAACCCAGACAUUCAAAAUCCAUAUCAGGCUGCCAGUAUGCUACCACGACCGCCUGCGAAGAAACCGCCACCGAAGAAGCCUCGAGGAGCUGACGCAGCGAAGCCUGCGCCGAAGCCUGCGGCUGCGGCUGCGGCACUGACCGCUGCUGAACCUGCUCUCACACCAGUGGAGACCAUUGAGGCGACCAUGCCAACCGGAAGCAAGCGGGCACGUCCUGUGCCGGAUAUUAGGCCCAUCGCUACUGGUGAAGCUACAAGCUCAAGUGCUGGUGCCGCCGAACCCCCCACGUCACGCAGAACAACGCGCAUUGAAGCUGCAGCGGGAACGAAAACUAAUGGCUUCAGCGCGAAGGUGUCCGUCGUCUAUGAGGGAGUUGACGAGGAGGAGGAAGGUUCGCCACAGAAGAAGCAAAAGACGACGAAAACGCCCGCUCCUCCUACGAAUGGCCUCAGCCGACGCCGACCCCCACCAGUGGAGAUCGUGGAGGUCCUCGACGAAGACGAGCCUUCCGGAUCUCAGGUUUACACGCUGCCGUCCGAGGUUAUCGAACCAGACGAGAGCAGCAAAUCGGCCGCUCGGAGUGCAUCCCUUGUCACUGCGCCAUCGUCUACGCGCGUUCGUGCUGGUUCUGGUUCAAGCCAAGACCGACCGCACGACAAGUUUAAGCCUGCCAGACCGUCUGGGCUCCGCCAUCAGGUGUCAAUGGACGAUGAGGAAGCGCCGGAGGACAAUGCAAAGCCUGCUCCCGUGCCAUCUGCUCCGAAGCCGUCGUUACCGUCGUUGGUACCUGCCGCGAAGCCUAUUGCGCAGAAGAAGGCUCAUACGCCUCCUCGGGACGCCAAAGCGAUCGCACUUGCGAAGAGUGCGAACGAUCUUCCAACAUAUAGCUUCACGAUACCCUCUACGCCCCUCGACGUGUCACGAUCGGCGAAGGACAGGGUGAGGGCAAUGCGACCCGCUGAACUCCCUGUGUUUGACCUUAAGACCGCCCUGUCAUCCCCUGGCGCGGGACCGAGUACAUCUGCCGGUUCUCGGGCUGGAGACGUCGGCAAAUCUACCGGAGGCUCAUCCUCUAGCCAGGGCUUCAACUGGGAAGCGGCAGGCAUGGCCAAGCCAGCGCCGAAGGCAGAGGGUUCGUGGACGUGCUCGGCGUGCAUGUGCACUAACGACGCCAAAGCGACGGAGAAGUGCGCUAUCUGCGAGGCACCACACCCGAGCGCACCUAAGGCGCAGCCUGUCGGGUUUAACUGGGACGCUGCGAAGUUGGUGAAACCCAAAGCGAAGGAAGGCUCGUGGACGUGUUCUAUGUGCUUGUGCUCGAACGGCCCCGAUGUGGAGGAGAAAUGCAGUGUGUGCGAGGCGCCACGCCCGCGGUAG